AUGUCGAGUAAAAUGACAGCCUCUAUCUCAUUGGAACAGGACCUCUUCAACUGUCCCAUCUGUCUAGACCUGCUGAAAGAUCCGGUGACUAUGCCUUGUGGACACAGUCACUGUAUGGGCUGUAUCCAGGGCUUAUGGGAGCAGGAGGACCAGAUGGGAGGUCAGAUCUGCCCCCAGUGCAAAGAAAGUCUUACACAACCUUGGCCCACUCUGAACCGAAAUACUAUUCUGGCGGAAAUGUUGGCGAAACUGAAGAAGACAGAACUCCAAGCUGCUCCUCUUACAGAAGAUGUGGUUGCAUGUGACUUCUGCACUAGAGGAGCGAACCAAGCUGUCAAGUCCUGCCUGGUGUGUCUGGCCUCGUACUGUGAGACUCACCUAAAGCCCCACUAUGAAAACCCUUCCUUUGGAGGGCACAAACUGUUGGAUGCCACCCGACGAUUACAGGAACGGGUUUGCUCAACUCAUCACAAACUGCUGGAGGUUUACUGCAGAACCGACAAACUGUGUGUGUGUGUGAGUUGUGCACUGUACGAUCACAAAGGCCAUGUCACCGUCCCUGCAUCAGAUGAAAGAAUGGAGAAGCAGAAAGAGACAGAAGCCACAAGAGGAUCAUGUCGACCGAAAGUCAAGGAAAAGGAAGAGGAGGUGGAGCACCUGAGGGGAGCUUUGAUGUCGUUUAAGCGCUCUGCAAGGGAAGCUGUUCUGGACAGCACCAGGACCCUCUCAGAGCUGAAAGUAUACCUGGAGCGGAGGGGCAACGAGGUGAAGGAGCUGAUCAGGGCUCAGGAGAAGGUGGAGGUGAACCGGGCGGAGGCCCAACUGCAGCGUCUGGAGCAGGAGAUUAUUGCGCUGAAGAAGAGAGACUCUGAGCUGAAGAAACUCACACUGACCCAAGAUGACGCAUACUUCCUUCAGGUAUAA